UAGUUACUCCGUACAUAUAUUUAAUAUUUAUUACCAAAAAAAAAAAAUCUGAAAUUCCCAAAAUUCCGGGUCCUUGGGUUGCUGCCUAUGCGUGCAGAUUUGGUUUGUCUAUCGGGAUUUGUGUUGAUUAAGUUACUCGACGAACUCUGCAAAAGCACAACAUCCAUCCCCAAGACAAGAUCGUUUAGGUUACUUAGUAACUUCGUACGACACUGCCCAAGAUGCCUCUCGGUGGUAAGGGGCCGCUUACUAUUAUCGUCCUUUCAGUAGAGACUGCCCUCGCUGCGCUAUGUAUCGGUCUACGACUCUACACCCGUAUAGCCGUCAGGGGCGGCAUCGGGCUCGAUGAUCACCUGCUCGUGAUAACUUGGAUUCUCCAAUUACUAUUCACGAUUCUCAUGAUCGUAUCUUCUAUCUAUGGCUUCGGCCAGCACACUACGGAUAUCUCACUAGAAGAUGUACGAUUGGCGACAAAAAUUGAAGUGAUCGGUCAGUUUACCGUGUCGAUUGCUAUGGGCAUCAGCAAAACAGCUGUGGCUAUGUUUCUAAUGCGCAUCGUGGUCAUAAAAUGGCACAAGGCUGUCCUAUGGUUUUGGAUAGUCACGAUGAUGGGCUUUUCCUUGCUGUUGGCCAUUUCGUGCUUUGCUCAAUGCACUCCCGUCGAGGCCAUCUGGGACGCACGCAUUACGGAGAAGACAUGUCAUAUCAAUCUGACCAUUGUCGCAUUCAUCAUGUGCUCCUGGUCCGCCGCAAUGGAUUUCUUCUUGGCGGGUUUCCCCUGGCUAGUCCUCUGGAAGCUGAACAUGUCGAAGAAGGAAAAGACUACGAUUUGCACGUCUCUAAGUCUAGGAAUUCUCGCUGGAGUGUGCGGAACUGUCAGAACGUCAGGUCUUCAAGUCUUGAGCGAGUCCGCUGAUUAUCUUUACGCCACCGCCGACUCCAUAAUGUGGACGAGCAGCGAACUAACCAUCACGAUCAUGUGCGUCUCGAUCCCCGUCCUGCGACCCCUCUGGACCCGCGUUCUCGGCGGCACCAGCGUCUCGGACCGGUACUACAAGCACAGCGAAGCCUCCAGCGGCAUCAUGACCGGCGGACGAGGGAGGAAGAGCCGAGGCGCCGACAACAGCUUUGCCAUGAACACCCUCCCGGCGCCAGAGUUCAGGGAGCAGGCCAACACCACGAUGGUCGGCGCCAAGCGGCCGCAUUCGAGCACGGGGAGCGAGGAGAGCAUCUUGGGGGACAAUAACAUCCACAAGACGCGGGAGUUUACCGUUUCUUACGAGACCAGGAAGGAUAUGGAUCCUUAGAUAAUGGACAUGCUGGUUGGUCGUUGCGGGAGGAAAACUUGCUAAGACUUGUUGUGUACCUAAGUUAGUGUUUUUGGGUACCGGGUACCUAUCUAAUUGGUAUUGGCUCACAGAUUCAGGGAUUCUCGAGCGAGAAAAAAUACUACGGAUAGGAUUGUAUACCCAGGAAGGAAAGCUGGUUGCUACCUAGGUUAUUAGGUUACCUAGGAGGUGGGUAAAUAUUGGGAGGAUGUACCAAUUGGCGGUUGUGGAUUCGAGGAUAUUGUAAUAAUUACGUUUAAGUCUUUCAAUACAAUAUAAGACUUUUAUACUGUUCA